AUUUAUUUUACUUACUAUGAAUAUUUUAAUUUGUAAAAGCACUGACUAUCGCUUGCAAUUUGAAAAUGAAAAAUUGAUUUCCAGAUGUAAGGAAUAUCCCAAUAAAUUUAUUGACAAACUUUUGGAUGCUAAUCAAUUGAAUUUCAAAACCUAUGACAAUUACAGCAUACACGUUAAAGGGCUUGUGAAAAUUGUGCGUAACGUACCAUUUGGCACAAAGUUGUCUAUCGAAACGUUUAAGAAACAACGGGGUCAAUGGCUUCCUACCGUUUAUAAUAUCUAUCGAAGUGAUUUGUGUUUAGCAGCAUUUUCUUCUCAAGAACCUUGGCAUGUGAUGUCAGAUAACUUACCGCCGGAACAGAAAGCUUGCCCAGCAAAGAAAAAUACCAUUUUGAGAGUUAACUCUCUCUCCAAUAUUGUUAUAAAAGAUUUGCCAAGCAAGAAUUUGGCAGGCGAUUACAAGAUAACAAUGACUGCAACUUCUCCUACUGACCCCACGGAUUUGCUUUGUGGUGACAUCUUCGCAACAGCGAUAAGAAUGAAUUAAACGGAAUCAUUUAAUUAUUAUUAUUUAAUCGAAAUGGAUUAUUUUGAGUAUAACAGUUAAAAUUAUGUACAAUAUUUAAAGAAUUAUCUACAAUUUUUCAUUCAAAUUGAUUAUUUUCUUACA